AUGACAACGCGGUCGGAGAGAGAAAAAGCCCAGAAAUUGAAUGAGCAGCAUCAGGCCAUUCUGUCCAAACUGCUGAGAGAAGACGACAACAAGUAUUGUGCUGACUGUGAGGCAAAAGGUCCUCGAUGGGCAUCAUGGAACCUCGGGGUGUUCAUGUGUAUCCGCUGUGCCGGCAUCCACCGGAACCUCGGUGUCCACAUCUCCAGAGUCAAAUCUGUCAAUCUGGACCAGUGGACACCUGAGCAGAUCCAGAGUAUGGUGGACAUGGGCAACAACAGGGCCAGGCAGCUGUACGAAGCCCACCUACCAGAGAGCUUCAGACGGCCACAGACAGACCAAGCAGUGGAAGUGUUCAUCCGGGACAAGUACGAGAGGAAAAAGUACUACGACAAGGAGGCACUGGCUACAGCUCCACAGAAGUCAUCUGAGGCCGUUCCUCCCUCCACCUCACCCUCCUCGCAGGCUGACAGGAGCAGACAGGAGGUGCAGAAGGAGCGUGAGAAGAAAAAAGAGGAGAAGAAGAAAGAGAAGGAUGCUGAUAAAGUGGAGCGACACAACAACACAAAGCAGUCGGAGUGCAGAGCCAGCCCCAAGGACAGCACAGAGCCGGCUGUGGACCUGCUGGGCCUGGAUGCUCCAGAGGGUGGUGGGAAGGGCUCAGGCAGUGCUGCACCAAUUGGCGAUGAACUGGACAUCUUUGGGCCAAUGGUCUCCAACCCUCUCCCCUCAUCCAACAACACACAGCAGGCUCAGUCUGCUUCCAGUACAGCACCUCCACAGGCAGACCCCUCCACCUCCUCCUCUGCCUCCUCCUCUACCUCUACCACUACCACCACGAAGGCGGAGCAGAAGAAGCUUUUAUCUAAAGACUCCAUCCUGUCUCUGUAUGCCAGCAGCUCAGUGGGCAGUCAGCCGCAGAGCCAGCAACAGCCUGCUCCAGGACAAGCAGGGAUGUACAUGGGCCAGCCUCAGAUGCAGUUCGCUCCGCAGGGUUUCUCCCCAGGGAUGGGCGGCGCCGUCCCACCCACCACCAUGAUGGGCGGGGGGGCCAUGAUGUCCGGCGUGGCCCUGUCCAACGGCGGCUACAUGGGCAUGCAGCAGCAGCAGGGCGCCAUGCCGGUCAACCAAGGGCAGAACGUGUACAGUAUGCAGCAAGGACAGCAGCAAGGACAGUGGAAUAUGAGCCAGAUGACCCAGCAGAUGUCAGGCAUGGCCAUGAGUGGCGGAGGGCCCACACCGGCCACUUUCAACCAAUCAGGGGCCCCCGCAGCCGGUUGGCCCACGGCUCCACCGGCAGCUUCCGGCCAGACCCUCAGCACUCAGCUGUGGAAGUGA